AUUUGAUCAUACUUUACCUAGUGGCCAUUGUCGAUUGUCUGCGUCACUGAAGCCUCCUUUUCUUUCCUUUUGACCAUCUGCUUUUUUUAUCAGUCCUCUCUCUCUCUCUCUCUCUCUCUCUCGACUUUACCUGGUCCACGGCCUUUAAUCAUUUCAUUUCUCUUCUUCUUGUUUCUUAAUUUCCUGUUUCUCCAUCGUAGAAUUUCAACAGUAAUGAAUAAUCAUCAUCAGCCCUCGCCGCCAGCAGGAGAGCCAAGGAUGGAAGAGCGGCCUCCAUCGCCACCGCCAUCCUUCACAGUUUUUCCUAAAACAGAGAAUAACGGUUUUCUUGGAAAACAUCGAAUGGCUGCUGCUAUUUCACAUCUCCAAAACCAAAUUAUUUUCCUUCAGGAGGAGCUGGACCAACUUGAAACACUAGGUGAAUCCUCCAUUGUUUGUAAAGAACUGAUUUCAAGUGUUGAAUCCAUUCCAGAUCCCUUGCUUCCACUGAGCAGAGGAACGACGGAUAUCAGCUGGGAUCGGUGGUUCCGAGGAGGUCAAAACGUCAGAAAACGGUGGAUCUAAUCUAAUUAGUCUAACAAUCUCUGUUUUUUUUUUUUUUUUUUUUUUUUUUUUUGUUUUUUUUUUUUUUG